AUGGAGUUGUGCGCGGACUGUGACAUUAGGAGGUCAGUGGAGGUACCGGCUCCGCGGACCCAGGGCUACUGGAGAGUAUGUGAGAGAUCCCGGGAGAUCAUGGACUUCAGCGAUGAGGUCCUGCUGCUAAUAGUGGGUUACCUGGAUCCAUAUUCCCUGCUCAGAACCGGAGCCACCUGUUACACCAUGCACAGGAUCUGCAGCACUGACAGUCUAUGGGCCAAGCAUUGCACAGUGAGUGUCUGGGAUUACCUGGGGUCCACUGGGAUCAUCUAUAGCUGACUCUUAGCAGCCACCUAUAACCCUUGCUACGAUUACUGUCAUGGCAUGAUCUAACUCUACCACCCAGCUCAUACCCAGUAACCCCUUCAUAAAAACAAAUGUAUUGUUUCUGACUGGGGGGGGAGGGUGUUCAGGUAAUGCUCUCUGCUUUCAUGAUUGACUAUAUGGUUUGAUUGGUUGGGAACCUACCGCUCUGUCAACUUGUAACUUAUGUAAGUGGAAUAAGGUCAAUAGCAAGCUGGAUUUGAGUUGCAAAAAAAAAGCUUAGAGGGGUUUUUGGGCAGUAACAUUUAUUUAAUCUUUUUUGUCUUGGACAGCCGUAUUCUUAUUGGCUGAAAUAUAUACAAGCAUCCAAUCUGCGCACAGGUCUGAGUAAAGACUUGGCUUCUUUUUGACAGAUCUACAGGUCUUCUAACUGGAGGGAUUUCAGCAACAAUAGAAUCCCCACCAGGAAGAACAUAUAUAUUUACAAACUGAAGUUCUCAGUGUAGUUCUUUAUAUUGAAACUUUAAUGGUCGUUAGUUUGUUCUGAUUGGUGGCUCACUUUCCCAUGUAUAGAAUAUCUAGCUAACUGUUUGAAACUUUUCUAGGAAUUAUUAAAAUUCGUUCAAAAUGUCAUGAAACAUUAACUGUGCUGGACAGUUACAUUAAGAAAUCCAUAACAAUGUCUCUAUAUAGUUACUAACGGUUAGCUUGUCUGUGGCUCUUGCUAGGUGAAGAGGCUUUCUAGUGAAACUUCUGAAACGUAUUGGUCCCAAACUGCACUCUCUAUCUACAUCUUUCACUAGUCUAAUCUUUAACACCUUCCUCACUUCUCAUGUACAUUUCAUAAUUUGUUAUCUUUAGUGGCUUUUUUUUUUUUGUAAUGACUUGGAGAUAUUAUUGUGAUGCUUGGUAAUUAAAUGUGUCAAGUGAAUUUCAUUAUACACUGUGCCUCACUAGACCACCCACAGUCACACUAUCAUUUGUUCCCCAUUUACACUCAAUGUAAAGUGCCCUUUGCAAAAUGUUGUUCACUCAUUUUGCAGGAAAACAGAUUUUAUUUAUCUUUGUAAGAGCUUUUAUUAAGAUUAACUAACUAUACUUGCAUAAAGGCUUUCAAUGAAGUGCUUAAGCAGCUAGAGGUUCAGUAUGCAUAAUGAUGGGAAUGUCAUUCCUUUGCACAAUUUAGAUCAGAUAUGCAGCACCAAUCCAUGCAUAUUAAACAAUGUGUACAGGAUACACAUACAACUUAAAUCACGUGCAGAUAACCUGCCCACAUUUCUAGGUCAGGUGUCUGUAGACUCAGAAUUCUAAGGUGCUCCCACUAUAAAAAGUAAAGAGAAACGGUGUGAUUAACUGGCCAUUGCAUGCAUAAGUCAUAUUUUACAUUUCUUAUAUGAUCCCAUUUCUGCUUUAAAUGUUUUCAUGUAAUCUGAGUAUAGUGACUGUGUGUGCAGGUUUAAAAUAGAAGUGGUUAGGGUAAAAAGUAUCUUGCGUGAAGGGCUAACAUCUUAGAGUACCUUGACAUUAGUCUGCACAUUUAGGUGUUCAAAGUUGCAGUAUAUUCAAGUAGCCAGUGGGUGCACUUUGUUGUGAAGUGUCUUGUGUUUUGGUUGUGGGCUUGGCAUGGCAAAAGAAUAUCCAAGCUAAUAGCCUAGAUUCUAAACUUAGGCUAGCAUUUUAAAGCCAAACCUUGAAAAGUAACAUUCACAUUGUUUGGUAAUGUAUUGUAGUGACCUUGUGUUUCUCAGUGGUGAGUACGUUUUUAGGCCUGUCUAGUGGCAUUUGAGCUCUGCGUUACUUGAUUUUUAGAGGAUCAUUUGUGUAGUAGUUGAGUCAUCUUAUCUUGUUGGGAGCUAAUUAUCUGAUAAUCUAAUCUCAAUGUGGCUCUCCCAGUGAGACUGAUGGCUGUACUGAGGCAUGGAAAACCAUGAGAAAUUAGAAUUUCUUAAAGCUUUAAGACUGAUGGUCAGCUUUCAUAAAAAGCUUGUUCUUUGUUACUCUUGGUGAAAAUUUUUUUUUUUUUUUUUUCUUCUUCUGACAGGUUGUCUUUGGCUCAGGCUUCAGAAGUAGUGACACAUGCUACUCGCCAAAGGAGGCUUUUAAGCUUCUGUUUAUAUGGAGGAAGGUAUAUCGGAGCCUGCCCUACAAUAAGUAUCUGCAGGAUUUAUUAUUUUCUGGUACAACUCCUAAAGAAUAUUGGCUGCGUUGGCUCACUUUAGAGGAAGUUAUUCCUCUUCCUCCCAUCCAACUUGCUGAUCAUGAAAUAGAAGACAUUUGGGGAAUUGGUAAAGAUCUUCUGGAUGAAAAACAUAAAGGUUAGUUGCAUUGAAAAGUCAAUGUUUCUUCUGGUUCUACAUGUAAUCAGAAGACUGCAUUAAAUUUAUUAAAGGUGCAGACACAAGCCCUGGUUCUUUGUCAAUCUAUUAGAUGUUUGACCAAAGUCAGAGCCCCAGAUUCCUUCUGAGGAUUUUCUGAACCAAGGUGAAGGUUAUAUUUAGAUUUAAAGAGACAGUUUGUCUUUGUCGUGUCUAGAAUAAAAUAUUAUAAAAAUGCUCUCUGAACAGGGUUUUUAUUUUUUUUUUAACUGUUAACUUCUGUUGGUGUAUUCUCCAGUUACAGAUGAAUCCCUGGAAGAGACAGAAAAAUUGGUUUACAAAUAUGAAUGGAAGGAGCUCAACAAACUGGCCCUGGGUUAUCAUGGCUCGUUAAUAAAUAUGCAAGAACUUGUACUUCAGCAUGUGAGUGGUGAAUGUAAGUAGUCAGUGUGGUGGGUCUCGAACCCUCACUUUAUUUGCUGUUACUGUUGGAAUUACCGUUGUAUGCUAAAACAUCCCAAUAAACUUGGUGAAAUAUGGCAACCCCCUUACUGAAAAGCAAAAUAUUAAAAUGCAGCUUAGUUUAAUGUUUUAAAUAUGACAUUAAUGGAACACUAUAGUGUCAGGAAUACAUGUUUGCAUUCCUGACACUAUAGUGUUGAAAUGACAGUUUAGAUGUCAUGGCCCUUUACCUCACUCUUUUAAAGACUAACAAUCUUAUUUGCAGUGCUGUGUGGCUCUGCUCCCUUGAUUGAGAUAAAAAAAAGUAAAAUUACAGCCAAUUCAAUGCUUUUCCAUAAAGUAUUGGGAGUCUAUCACCCAUACAUGGCAAAAUGCCAUGCUGCGCCAUUCAGCAUCUCCUCACUGAAUCCAUGCAUAUCUAUGGGAAGAGUACAGAAUCUCAAUGCAGAGUCUGGACUGUCAGUGCUGCACAUUGUGCAGCACUGACCCAUGAAGAAUCUCAAGUGGCCAUCAGAAGACCAUAAAAAAAACCUAAGAUUAUGGUCUUCCAAAGCUGCCCCCACUUUGGAGUGCUAUAAUUCAAAGAUCACACUGUCGUUGGAAUUAUCUGAGGGGGCAAAGGAGGAUGUCACACUGCCCAGACACAACCAUGCACGUGAACUUGGGGACCUUUCCAAUAACACUCACAGACCCCACUUGUCCAUGCCUCCAGAAGCGGCUCUGUUUAGGUGGCUGCCUAAGGCCUGGCGCUGGCUGGGGCCUCGUGGCUGCCUAAACCGCCUUAUGGCGAACUGUCAGUUCCUCGGUCAGUGACCUAGGACCUGACACCAGGAGGGGGCCCGGCAGCUUGCCCGAUAUGCCGCCGGGUGCGAGGUCCCUCCAGGGGCUAGAGCACCUGUAGCCGUUGGUCUGCAGCUCCCUGCAGUGUGCAGAGCUGCAGACCAAAUGUCUCGCAAGAUCUGGCCAAUUGGAGUGUUGCUGCGGGUUAACACAGAAUGCUCUGACGGGUCUCACCACCGGACCACCAGGGAAUGAAGGUAUUUAGUCCGCCUCCCUCCCAGUAACCCCCUCACUAUCACCCACUCCCUCCCAGUAUACACCUCCCUCCCAAUAUACCCCCUUCUUUGCAGUAACCCCAUCAAUAUAACACUCUAGAAAAAUAUACCUCCUCUCUCCCAGUAUACCCCCUCACUCACAUGAUCACCCACCUCCCUCCCAGUAUUCCCAUCACAGUACUGCCUUACCUCACACUGGAUCACCCCUACUAUGUAGUGUCACCAUAUUCACACACUAUCACCCGUCUCCAUACUUUCAGCCCUUUCACAUAUCCACACUCUCAUUAAACACUCCCAAACUCACCUGCCUUCACUUUGCCACACUCACCUUCUCACAUUAAUCCCCUUAAUCCUGCCACACUCCUUCCUCCAACCAUGCCACAUUCACCCCAAAACUGAUGCCACACUUACAUUUUCAUUUGUUUUCGAGAACCCCUUCACACCAGUACUUAUUUAUACACUACUGGGCUAUGCAACCAUACCCCACAAUUGUGUAUAAAUGGCAUAAUUGCAAAUUUAUUUAUUUUUAUACUUUGGUUGUUAGUGGGGCUUGAAGUUCGCCCAAGGCUUAAAAGUGUAGAGCUGCCUCUGCAUGCCUCUAACACUUGGUUGUGGCUUUUUUUUAUCUGGAAAACUUGGGUGUCACUUAACAUGUAUUCCUCACCCUAUAGUGUUUAACCCACCAUUUAGGUGGUUUGCCCCUUAUAAAACUGUAAAACUCUCCUUAUUUCCAGCACGGGGCUGCCAACAAUGGCGCCACCCCCUUUGUGACAUCAAAUGGCCGCUUUUUAGCCAAUCCAAUGCUUUCCCAUAGAAAAGCCAUUGGGUUGGCUAAAACUGGCACGGGGCCAAAUGCAGUUUUGGCCAAUCAGUACCUCCUCAUAGAGAUGCAUUGAAUCAAUGCAUCUGAGGAAAAUCUAGCAUCUCAAUGCAGAGCGUGGGGAUGCUAAACGGCAGGGCUGCUUACUGUGCAGCCCUGAGCCAGGAAGUCCCUCCAGUGCCUGAAGGGAGCUAUUACACUCACCAGAACAACCACAUUGAGCUGUAGUUGUUCUGGUGACUAUAGUGUCCCUUCAUCAUUUGCACUCUUGUGCUAGUACUGCACCAGUGUGAUAUUAAACAUGGCUUUUAUGUGUGUAUAAGCCAGGGAAACUGUCCCUUAAAUUAUUUUUUUUUAUUUAUUUUUUUUUAAUUGGUCCUUCACUAGCUCUUGCUUGAGGUAAUGUCAAGUUCUAGAUGUCCACUCCAUCAGGACCUAAUGGCUUGGACAAGAUAUCAGAUUGCUUGUGCAGUCUAGUUAAAUGUUGAGGUGUGUGUAUGUAUGUGGUUUUUAUUUAUUUUUUUUCUUGAAUUAACAUACACGCCUGAGUUUAAAAAAAAAAAUAUAUAUUUUUUUUUUUUAGGUCACGAAGAGUUGGAGGGGCUCUUCAAACAAUACAUGGUUUGUCGGUACCAGUGGCUAUUUUCCUAUUGGCUGUUUGGCCUUUCAAGACCUGUUGCCAAGCAACUACAGAAACUUUACCUAUGGUGGAAGAGUUAUGACAAAAGAAAGGUGUCAAACUGGGGUGCUGCAAACUGUGAUAUACAAUACAUUGCCUCUCUUCAUCCAAUCACUCUGGACUACUUGAAUGGAAUUCUAGCCAAUGGGGAAGAGCAUGUGGGUAAGAAACAAUAGUGCAGAUGCAUAUAUUUCACAUGCUGCAAUUGCACCAGGGGUGAGGCUGUGAUACUGUGUAACUAAAAUCCUAUAAGGUUGGGUUACAGUUCGUUGUCGUUUAUUUUUUUUUAUUUUCUUUUUUGCCAUGCAUGUUUAAAUUGGCUUGAUAUCCAUUAGCUAGCUGUGUGACCAUGUAAGUUGCAUCACCUCAAAAUAUAAUCUGCAGAAUUUCCUAAAAGUUGAGUUAAGUUUACUUUUGUCAAAAUUUUAAAUUUCUUGUUUAGGUAUCCGGAAUGUUGAAAACUUCUUCUCAAUGAGCAGAUCUCUUCUAGCCUGGAUUCUGGGCCGCCGAUGGGGUCGAUUUAAACAAAAGAAGGUAUUUGGACCCUUUUGACAGCAAACUGAAUAUAUUUUGAUAGUUGCAUGUAAUGUGUAUUUAAAAUGAAUGGUAUACACUGCUGACUAUAUACAGUGUCUCACUAUAAACAAGACUGGAGAUGGAUAUAGAUAUAUAAUUAUACAUCCAGUAGGACUUUUCAAGGGAGGUCUUAUUUCAGGGAAAAACAUGUGCUAGAAUGCAGGUCUAGGUUAGGGGGAAUUCCCUGAACCUAGAUCAAUUCACUAAGGCACAGAAUCCUGCAAAUCUGUUAUGGGGAACUUUCCUUAACAGACUAGUUCACUUGCGAAUGGAAUCUUGGGUAUCUAUGUUCGGGGCAACUUCCCUGAGCAUAGAUAAGAUUAUUUGCAAAUGGAAUUCCACACCUCUUUCGGCAAAAUUCCCAAAACAUAGAUUAGCAAACAGCUAGGGCUUAUUUUCAGGGUAGGGCUUGUAUUAAGAGCAUCCACUGAAAAUAAGCUAGGGUUUUGUUUUGUUUGGGUUUUUUUUUAUUUAUUUUAUUUAUUUAUUUUUGCCCCUUCAUAUGUGAAAUGUCUCUGGUUAAAGUAAAAACUAAUCUCCGAGGGUGUUUAAUAAUGGAGGUGGAUUCAGCCAAGGCUCUAUAUAGACUUAUACUAGGGGCUCAACACUUUAGGCCUGUGCUACUUGACAUGUACAUAAAGGCACUCACUGUGAGGACUUCCUGAGUGCAACAUGCCCAAGGUAUACUUCCAUAAAGGACUGUACAGAGUCAGGAAUGUAGUAAAGUCAGACUUAUUGGAGAUGACCUCAUAAUUUGGCCCGCAGAAGUGCCUUUAUCAAGCUUGAUAUGAGCUGAAAUGUAAUCCAUCUUCUGUAAUCUGGUGCACAGUCCUUUCUAUUGCUAUGCUACUAUAAAGACUCAAGUUACUUGCCACUGCAGGGUACUCUGUGGGGAGCAUUUUGAUUAGUCUGAUAAAAUGUCACUAUGAUGGCGCAUUUGUGUAAAAAUUGAGCCUUGUUAAAGUGGUAAGACUUAUUUUGUACAGGUGACAUCCAUUGACUAGAAGUCUUGCCCUCUGUUACAAACCAUCACAUUACUUAUAAUGACUUUCCUGAGUGACCCUUAUGGGUCAGUUAAAGGGACACUAGUCGCCAAAACAACUUUAAUAUUCUAAAGUUUGCAUUAAAGGAAGUGUAAACAUUAGAGUACUUGAUAAAGUAUUUAGGUCACAUGUGGGAGGUGUGCCUUGGGCUGUAUAAAGUGUUAACUCCUAAGUGGCAGAGAAUUUAGGAGGCCCAAGCAUGGGCGUCCGCAGGAAUUUUUCCGGGGGGCAUAAUUGUAAUGACAUCCAUGCUUGGUCCCUUUUUCAGUGUCAUGAAAGAUAGGCAGACAAUGUAAUAGAGCAGCAGGAAAUGCUAGCAGAAUGCUUUGUUGUAUAGGGAGAGUUCUUGGCAGUAGAAAGAGGGAAGUGCUCAUGCCAUUGUACAGAACACAGGUGAGACCUCACUUGGAGUAUUGUACUGGAGACCAUAUCUUCAGAAGGAUAUUGAUACCUUAGAGAGGGUUCAGAGAAGGGCUACUAAACUGGUUCAUGGACUGCAGGAUAAAACUUACCAGGAAAGGUUAAAGGAUCUUAACAUGUAUAGCUUGGAGGAGACGGGGGGGAUAUGAUAGAAACAUUUAAAUACAUAAAGGGAAUCAACACAGUAAAGGAGACUAUAUUUAAAAGAGAAACUACCACAACAAGAGGACAUAGUCUUAAAUUAGAGGGACAAAGGUUUAAAAAUAAUAUAACUUUACUUAGAGGGUAGUGGAUGCAUGGAAUAGCCUUCCAGCUGAAGUGGUAGAGGUUAACACAGUAAAGGAUUUUAAGCAUGCAUGGGAUAGGCAUAAGGCUAGGGACUAUUGAAAGUAUUUAGAAAAUUGGGCAGACUAGAUGGGCCAAAUGGUUAUUUGCCGUCACAUUCUAUGUUUCUAUGAAAGGGCAUAGUCACUGUCACAUAAAGCCAGGGUGCAUAGCGUUUUCACAACUAUGGUGUCAGAAAUAAAUGUUUGUAUUCCUGACACUAUAGUGUUCCUUUAGGCAAAUUAAAGGAACAUUCUGGUCCCCAUAACAACUUAAUCUAAAUGAAAUUGCUAUGAUGCCAGGAGGAUCCAGGGCAUUCUUUCUUUAAAGGUGUUAAACCUCUAUCAAAUGGUUUUACCCCAAAGGCUUCCUCCAGGUCGCUCAGUGGUAUUCGGCUUCUGAAACCAGAGUGUCCAGAGUGCAGAUUUACCUUAGGCAUGGGUGCUGCAGAUUGGCUAGAGUUCAUACAAAUGUUUUACUUUUAUGAAUGGGGAGCUACUGAUUGGCUAGAGCAGUCCGCUGGCACUCUAAGCCAAUCCGCAACACCUCUACCCAGUGGAACUCUGCUUCCUGACACUCAGUAAAUAAAAGUGAACACGGAUAUUUAUAUUUUUUUACAUCUGGAGAUGAGAAGGUCCAAAGUUUCCCUGCCAGGCCCAGGUACCAAAGCCUUAUGAUGUGGUGUCCAGAAUGAAGUAGAGGGUUCGCUUCAAUCUCCUUUUCUCCUUCAUUUGACUGACAGUCGUCUUUUUCUCCUGACACUGUCUUCUUUCCUCCUUGGCUCUUUCUGCUAAUUUUGCAACUUUCUGCUUUUUUUUAUCCCUUUCUGCUCCUUCUCCUUUACCUUUGUGCUCUUUGCAGACCCUUCUCCUUUCUGCCCCUACCUGUAGGCUGUCUCCCCAUCCCUCACUUACCUGAUCUAUAGCCUGCCCCUGUUGAUUCAGUCAGAGAAGCAGGGAUAAGAUGCAGCUUCCUAUCCCUGCCUCUCUCCAUACACAGCGCCACCUACUGGCCGGCAUAGUGAAUAAUGUAAGCGCCUUUAGGCAGUUCCGGUUUUGCAGUCAAGGUGGUGUGCCCAUCACAUUGCAUGCUGGUUCCCUGCACACAGUGGUGGAAUGCACACCGUGAGGCCUUGCGUUCCACUGAAUUUCUGAUUUGUGCUACUGUGCAGGUUGGAACUUGGUUGUUUUGGCACUAAAUUUGAACUUCUAGCACUACUUAAGCUGUGCUAGACCCUCCUGUCAGCUGUUCAGAUUGGGUCUGCUGUGUCACCAGCCCUCCCAUGGCUCUGAGGUUUUUUGAGGUUAAAAUAGAUUUCUCUACUUUAAAAAUUAAUUUAAUUCUCAAAUUUGGAUUUUAACAUAGAUUUGUUCUUUUUCACAAUGUCUAAUCCGGUUUCACCUGAUAAAACAGGGCACCAUUCGUGCAAAUGGCAAAGUAUAGCUGAACAGGACUUUGUUUUCAGCCAAAGCGUCUCUGUGGAGAAGGUUAGGGUCAGUGGUGUUCGUGCAAAUGUGUAGCCGAUUUCAGUUCCAUGGAUUUGGCUGCACACACUGCUGACCUCGUUCGACUGAAUAAAGAUGGCCACCGUCAUGUGUUGGUCUAUACGAACUGAGGCCACCCAGCAGUCGGCAGUUAACCUACAGCAACCCCUCUGCCUGGGAGGUAAACUAUCCGCACACUUCCACUUCUGUGUGGUCUGCCUGUGUAAUACUUGGUUCAGUAAGCCCCAUUUACCAAACCAAGUGGGAAGAAGCCAUGAAUAAAGUUUAAGGGUCUGGGGACAGUCUUAAAGGGGCACUGUUCACAAGUCACAAUGUGCCCACAGACUUUUUUUUUUCUUGCUUUUAAAGGGCCAUACACUGCAGGGCCAUAGUCACAGGGCAGGAGGCUGGCAAGGAGUCCUCUCCCAGCCCAAGUGGCGAAGGGCACUUCGUCACAGGUUUUCCUGUUCAAGAGAAACUGAUCAAUUUGUACAGGGAAUGGAAAAAUCUGGAAAGGAGAGCAUUUAUUUCAAGGCAUUUUAAUAAUCUUUUCAAUCCAAAGUAAUGCUAAAUGGGGAAGAACUACCUAAGGUAGACAUUCAGGUAGCUCAACUCUCAGACACCCAUUCCAGUUGGUGAAGUUUCUGGCCUUAAAUAUCCAAGGGACAAGCUGGCUGAGACCUCUUGUAGAAGAGCCUCCCAGUCAGCUUGCUUUCAAUGUAAUGCCUUAGCCAGGGCUUCUGUUAAAGCUCAGCUUUUGGAUACAAUCCCUGGAAAAUUGUUUGUUUGGAAGAAGCUGACAAAGACUUGGCCCAUAUCAUGUAUACCUUGAAGCUCUCCAGUGAACUUUAAUGGAUGUCAGAAGGAAUUCUGAAAUCGUCACGCAUUAUGGGCUUUUCUUCUGUAGCCAGAGGAGCUUUAUGGCUACGAUCUUGGUCUGCUGUUACGGCCUCAAAGUCUGCCCUGUGAAUUACCUCUAGAAAAAGCUGUUUGAAUCUCCUCUGGAAGAGAUAUCCGACAAAUGUCUGAAACAAAAAGGCCCUUCCACAGGAUAGAAAGUUCUCUCGGAAGUCUGGUUACAAGAGCUUCCAGUCUUGCAUGCACAAUUAUGGAUAUCAAGACCAAUUCAGAUUCAGGGGUUAGCGUCCCAAUGAACCAAGAUUUCCAAGAUGUGUGUUUUCAUCUUUCUAGUUCCAAAGCAAGAUCAAUCCCUGAGGCUGAUCCUGGAUCUAAAGAAUUUGAACAAAAUCAUCUCAUACCAAAAUUCCACAUGGAAUCCAUUCUCAGCUACCCAUAUCAUACAUAAAGGGGACUUCAUGGCUACCCUGGAUCUCAGAUGCCUAUCUUCAUGAACAUAUGGCCCAAGCGUCAAGAAAAUUCUUAAGAUUAGUCAUAAGAAUAAGAGGAGAAACUUCUCAAUUUCCGUUUCAAAGCACUGCAUUUCAAUCUAACAUCAGCUCAAAGAAUUUGCACGAAGAUCUUGUCUCCCAUUACUGCAGCUUUAAGGGAAAAGGGUAUUGCUAUCAUUCCAUAUCUUCUAAAAUCAAAGUCAAAAGAGCUCUUGAAUAUUCAUGUCCAGACUACUAUAGAUUUCUUAGAACAUCACGGUUGGGUGAUCAAUCAAAAAGGUCUCCUUCAUCCUGCAACAGAAGCUCAAUAUCUGGGAUUCAUCAUAAACUUAAGGACUCUCCUUACUCCAGAAAGAGAGGAAAUUAAAGAGAAGGGUUGUGUGUUUUUUACCAAAAAGAACCAAGCUGUUCAAUUUGAAGGGCUUCAAACUUCAGAGAAAUAAAGUCUUAAUACUCUUAUUUCAAAACUUGGAUAUCCUGCAAAGCUGUAAGAAUUCAAUCAGACAACAGUUGCUUAUUUAAACAGACAAGGAAGGUGUCUGCUCAAAUCUUUCUUUGGACACAAAAGGAGCUGAAAGAUUUGGCCCCUACACACAAAGGGGAAAGACGACUUAGUAGCAGACUAGUUGAGCAGGUCAAAAUGGUCACAAGCAGAAUGGUCCCUUCAUCCAGACUUAUUCUCAGAUCACCAGAAGAUUCUGAACUUCUGGUGUAGAUCUGAUGGCCAGGAGGAUAAAUUGCAAGGUCAGGAUGUUGGUCUCACUUCAUAGCCAAGAUCAUCCCCACUUUCAAGAUGGGAUGACUAGCAACUAAUUUCAAUCUGGCAUAAUUUUUAUUUUUUUCCAGUAGCCUUGAUUCCAAGGAUCAUCCAGAAACUCAGAUCAGAAGAGGCUCAAGUGCUGGCAAUUAUUCCUUACUGGCACAAAAAUGCUGACUUUUGGAGUUGUGGAUGAUGGCUGUAGCUUUUUGGGAACUACCUAUUGACAUUCCCUUGUUGAACAGGCAACUGCCCCUCUACACCUUGAGUAUGUUCAGGUUGACAGCAUGGCUGCCACAAGGCUAAUACUUCAGUCAUGGCAUUCAAUAUAGCAGGUUUAUUUUGUUUUUUUGGUUGAGCUCUACUAGGAAAUCAACUUUGAGAAUUUUAUUUAAGAAUUUGGAAAAGGUUCCUUCAUUGGUGUCAACUGCCUUCAAAAUUCACCUUCAGGGUACACGAUUAUCAAUUUUCUUAAUGAUGGUUUCUUAUCUGGUCUCAGCAUCUCUACUUUAAAGGUGCAUUUAUCUGCCUUGAGCAUUUCAUUAAAGAAUUUGCUUCUGAGUUAUUGACUAGACACUACUUUAAAGCAAUCCUGCUGCUCAGACCUCGCAAGUUUUAUGUCCCUUCUUGGGAUUUGUCACUAGUUUUGCAGGCUCUGUAUCUCCGUUUGAGCCUUUCGCAGAUGUCCCUUUUAAAGUUAGUAGGGGGGAGGGGGAGGAGAGUUUGUGAUUAUCACUUCUGCUAAAAAUUGGAGAAAUUAAAGCCCUCUCCUUCAGAAGAUUUUACCGCUUUUCAUCAGGAUAAGGUCAUGUUACAUACCAAGCCUUAUUUCCUGCCGAAGGGCAUUUAACUUCUGAACACAUUGUAUGUUAAACUAUCCUUACAAAUUUAUCUUCGCAGAUCUGCUCCCUUCAGGAUUUCGGAUCACCUAUUCCUUGGAUUCCAAGGAAAAUCUAAGGGCAAGGUGGUCUCUAACAACCAUUGCUAGGUGGCUUAUGGAAAUCAGGUGAUCACAUUUCUAAAGUGGUCUUCAAUCUCCUAUUUCUGUUAAAGCUCACUCCACUAGAGCUAUGGCCACUUCAUGGGCUAAACUCCAGACAACAUUUGCAGAGCUGCCACCUGGUCUUUCACACAUUUAUAAAGCACUACAGGAUGGACCUCUUCUCAUCCUCAAGCUGUUUUGUGGCAUAAGGUGCUCCAAGCCAUUGUAACUUUUUUUUUUUUAUUUAUUUUUUUUUUCAUUUUUGCUUCAGAUCCUGCAAUCUCAUCUGUGUACUGCCACCAUAUGCUAGGAAAAACAGAAUAUUUUACUCACCGUAAAUUCUUUUUUUCCCUUAAUAUGGUGGCAGUACAAUAUCCCUCCCUGUUUUGCAAACUUAAUUUUGCAUUUGUGGAGUCCAUAUUUCUCUUGGUAUCAACUGGUUAGUAGUGGACCAUGGGGAAUUGAAGGGGAGCGUGGGAAGAGCAAGGUUAAUUUUUAUUUUACAGGCUACUUGUCCUAGCAUAUGGAAGUACAACCAAUCUGUCUACUGCCACCAUAUUAAGGGGAAAAAAAAUUUUUUUUCUGCAGCACCAUUUGGCCUUUUUGUUUUCUCAUGCUGUCCUGUAGAGGGUAUCUAAUUCAUGAGACUCUGCUCUCAGCAUCCAAGGAAGGAAAACACAUUAUCUUAAACUUCUGGAUAGUGAGGGCCUAUAAGGCCCUCUGUUCACUGACUUGUUUAGACUACCUUGCUUUUCCUUAUCUUGACUAUGCUAGACUAUACUUGGUUUUCAUAUCUAUGCAAUUCAAUAUAUUCCAUAUUGGUAACUGUGCGCAUACUUUACCCUAAGCUUGCCAAUAUGGCACUUGUAUGGUAUGGGUCUUAAAUAGCAAAAACCUGCUUCUAUUGCAUCUAUUUUUAUUUAUAUUUUUUUUAACAUACUUUGUGUAUUUAAUUUUUUUAUAUAUUUUUUUUCCCCAUCAGGUCUACACAGAAACAUUAGAUGAAGUCUACAAGCUUCUAAAGUUAGAGCUGCAUGUUACUCUAGUAACUCAUGAACGAUUCUGGACACUGGCUAAAAUCUUGUCCUCGAGAGUAUGCAGACUAGAGGAGACUGCAGGCAACUACGUCAACUGGAAGAUAAUAGGUGCACUACCAUGCUACAGGUAGGGGUCUAUAGAUAGUAAAACCAAGGAAUACAUUUAAAAGUUCAUAUUUAUAAAAAAAACCUAGGAAACGUCUUCCACAGCUAGCAGAGUAGAACUUGGGUGCCACUGGGGAAACAAUAUCUCAAUAAGCCAGUUGCAUUACACACUGCUCAUGUUUGCACUUUGUAAAUAUAGUCAGACUUGUGAGCUAUAGAAAGUAAUUGUACUGUGUGAAUUUCUUUAGACAUUCACUUUCUAGCAAAUAGACAACUGCUGGGUUGUGCAAGAUAGUCCUGUGUAGUGCUAAUUCAUAAUGUCUGAUCUCGUUUUUCUCUGAUAAAGCUUAUUACUAAAAUUACCAUGCUUCAGAUAGGUUUAUUGGGUCAAUGACAUUACUCUUUCUGUUGAACUUGCUGCAGUACUAUGAAAUGGCUUAGGAGUUAAUCCUCUAAGGGGGUCAAAUCCCCCUCUAAUAUUGUAAAGCGCUACAGAAUGUUGGCGCUAUAUAAAUCGCAAUAAUAAUGAGAACUUGACAGUAAGCAAAACCUGCUUCCAGGGACGCUGUAAUCUUAGAACUUUGACCAUCAGACACCCUUGAUAUGUGUAUUCAGUGGCUGUGAUAAAACUUCUGCUACAGUUAACAAGCUUGUGAGACAGUCUAAACCUCUGAAUAUUUUUCCAGGAUGUAUUUGACAUCUGGUGAUCCUCUGCAUCUGUACCAAAUGAAGGGAUUUCUGUUUAGGAAAAGGCUGAUUAAUGACUGGCUCUUACAAGAAGGCAACAUGUGGGUGAGGCAACUUCUUCCAGAUUGUAUCUACCAGCUGCUGGAAUAUGAGACCACUAUCCAUGAAGGUAACUUGGCACCUCCAUGCAUCUGUUGCUGCUUAAACUUUAGAAAACUGUACAUCUGAGCACCAUAUAGACAGAAGUUACUUCAAGCACCAAAGGCUUUAAAUGGCCAUGGAGCUUGGGUUCUGUAUGUACAGCCUUUCAUAGUAAACCACUGCAUAUAGACAACACACUGCUGCUCUAGGUGUAACUCCACAUACAGCAAUGUCCUUACCAAGCUGGCUAAUGUAAACUCCAUGCAUGCUGUAUGUCUGAGAUUACCAAGUGCAGCAAGGCCUCCUCAAAGCUAUAUAUGCCCAUCUUCCCCUCCAAUGAAGGGAAUUAAAUAAGAGGAUUGGGCUGCUGGGAGAACUUGGCUUUGGCAGUGUAAAUCCAUUGUGGUUUUUUAGCUUUUACUCACUUUUGGUUUACCCAGGCCAAAAACUAUGCCUUAUUAAAAACUAAUUUGUGGAUAAGCCCUGCAAAUGCUGGGAAUUGUGCAAAAACCUGAUUAUGACUAUAUAGCCGCCAUGGACAUUCAGACAUACAGCUGCAAAAUGUAAUGUGCAGAGGGUGUCAGAUUGAAAUAACUUCAAGAAUGUAGGUAAUCCAAUGUAGUGAUACCCACGCUAUGUAUUGACGGUUGAUCUAGACCUAACGAACAGCUUAAAGCACAAACGCAAACUAAUUUUUAGGGGAUCUAUCACUUUACGAAGUUAAACUAUAAAACAUGGCAUUAAAAAUUACCUAUAACCUGUACUAACUUUGACAAAAAUGUCUCCAUGUUAGAGACUUGGCAAAUUACACCACAAUCCAGUUGAACCCAGGGCAAACACUGCAAAUAAGCAAAAAACCUUGUUGGUCAAAAUGCAUCAUCAUACACAUGAGAAAAGCUAUCAAAUCUAAAAUGUGUAUCUUGAUCACAAACCUAGAGAGUAAAUGUAGAACUAUUUAAAAAUCUCUAGUGCAGAGAAAAUGCUACCCAUAAAGGUAGACUGUUGGAAUGUUGGGUUCUGUACAGUUUGCAUACAUAGUUGGCAGGUAAAACAGUGAUUCUUUAAUCCUUUCUAUACCCCUACCUGUUCCUUUGAUCCUUGUGAUUUGAAUUGUUCUGGAAUAAAGAAUUUCAGCCAAGAUGGAGGGGCCCUGUUGCAGGACAGAGGUAUGGGUUUAUACAUUCAACUUGACAAAUUACUAGGCACUAAUCCUGGGAAGUGAAUGUCUGCAUUCUAAAAGUAAUGGCUACCAGAACCAAAAUUGUGCUUUUCCCUGCUGUUGACCAAACUAAAUCGAUUAGUCUGCACUACUGACACCAAAUAUAGAUUCUACCUAGAUAAUGGACUUCUAGGGUGGUAGCUGCUUAAACUGCAGCCAAAGCUUCCAGUGGAAAUAACACAAUUAAAAGCUAAAUCUUCAGAUCAUACUGCAUUGUAAAUGAACCCUACAUACAGAUUUAUAGUCGAGCAUUCUGGGAAUGAGGUGGUUGAAGAUGACCCCUAAACUCUAUAAAUACCUACUUGUGUGGCAGGCUAUAAACUUGCUUUUGCUUGUAUGGCUGUUUUUAUGUUUUUGGUUUUUAAUUUUUUUUGUCUUUUCAGCUGAACUACAUGGAGAUACAUAUGUUGCCUACUUGAGUCGUCUGAUCUGGCUGUAUCUACAUUCUGGCCAUCAGUUGUACAUGGAGGCUACAAAAGGAUUCAUCCUCGAAUUUGCAUAUGCCAGUUUUAAAUCCCAAAUGUUGGAAAAUGGUCAUAUUGUACCACUUUUAGGCUUUUAUCAACCUUUUUAA